AUGACUGCUGAACUUCGUGCUUUAGAGGAUAAUUCCACCUGGACUCUUGAGCCCCUCCCUCUUGGUAAGAAACCCAUUGGGUGCAAAUGGGUUUUCAAAACCAAACUCAAAGCCGACGGAUCUGUUGAGUGCUAUAAAGCUUGGCUCGUUGCAAGGAUACACUCAGGUUUUCACUCGUCUCAGGCAGAUCAUUCUUUAUUUACCCUCACCACUUCCACCAGCAUUGUUCUUGUUCUCGUUUAUGUCGAUGACAUCCUAGUUGCUGGUAACGACCUCUCUCAGAUUGAGAUUUUUAAGAAAAUCCUCUCCGCUCACUUCAAGACAAAGGAUCUCGGUUCUCUGAAAUACUUUCUUGGACUCGAAGUUGCACGCUCUCCCAUAGGCAUCUUUCUUAAUCAGCGCAAAUAUGCCCUCGACAUUCUCUCUGACAGUGGACAACUUGGUGCACGGACUGCUCCUUUUCCCAUGGAGCAACAUUUGAAGCUUACUAUUCAAGAUGGCAACCCCCUCCUUGAUCCUGGCCUUUAUCGUCAUCUUGCUUCUCGGGUUCCCCACAUGAUUGCCGCUCUCAGAGUUCUCCACUACAUCAAAGGCUGUCCGGGUCAAGGCAUCUUCUUUCCUUCAUCCAACAAUACUCAUGUUUCAGCUUAUACAGAUUCUGAUUGGGCCAACUGCCCCGCCACCCGCCACUCCACCACCGGCUACUUUAUUCAGUUAGGCACCAGUUUGAUCUCAUGGCUCACCAAGAAACAAAGUACAGUUUCUCGUUCUUCUGCUGAAGCUGAGUAUCGUGCUAUGGUUGUCACCACCUGUGAACUCACCUGGUUAAAACAGCUUCUCACUGAUCUUGGUGUUCCCCAUCCCGAGCCUUUUACUCUCCAUUGUGACAAUUAA